AUGGACCGUUACACGACGGUCCACUGGCAGGCAGCCAAGCACGUCGUGCGGUACCUGAAGGCGACGAGCGAGCACGGCCUCCUCUUCAAGCGACGCAGCGGCACGCGCAAGGACCAGCCGCUGGACCUUGUGUGCUACAGCGAUGCCAGCUUCGGCACAGACCAGCUGACGGGCCGCUCCACGACGGGCUUCACCUGCUACAUCAACGGCUGUCUUGUGUCUUGGAGCAGCCGGCUGCAACCCACGGUUGCGCUGAGCACCGCCGAGGCCGAGUACAUGGCCAUCUCCGCUGCAGCGCAGGACGUCGUCUUCCUGCGGCAGCUGCUCAUGGACCUCGGCGAGCCCGAGGCUGGAGCCACCAAGAUGCUGACAGAUAACCAGGCGGCCAUCGCCAUCGGCAACGACCACGUCACCAAGCCGCGCACGAAGCACAUCCGGGUACGCCACCACUUCGUGCGGGAGCUCAUCGCCGACGGAACCAUUGUGCUGCAGCACUGUCCCGGCACGCGGAUGGUUGCCGACGCGCUGACCAAGGCACUGGACAAGCAGACCUUCGAGCAGCACCUGCCACGACUGGUGGGAACCUCGACGGCUGAGACGGAGCAGAGAAGGCAGUUGAGGGGGAGUGUUGAGAUGUUGUGA